AUGCACUCAGAACUAAUUUUGUCUCAAGGCUUGUCUGACUUCUUGCGGAAUCAACCCGAGACCAAUGCACAAGAUAGUCAAUCUGCUGCUGACUUUGCGCGACUAUACAGAGAGCAUAAUUUAGUGGGUGGUCAUGUCAUCAAGCUGGGUCCAGGAAACGACCAAGCAGCGCGCGAAGCACUUGCUGUCUGGCCAGGGGGACUGCAAAUCGGCGGGGGCAUCACGGUGGAAAAUGCGCAAAGUUGGCUCGAUGCUGGUGCUAGCAAAGUCAUCGUCACCUCGUAUCUGUUCCCGGGGGCCAAAUUCUCAUUGGAUCGUUUGAAACAACUCUCUUCUCUGAUUGGCAAAGGUAGAUUGGUCGUGGACGUGAGCUGUCGCAGGCGAGAAGAGGACUGGAUUGUAGCUAUGAAUAAGUGGCAAGACCUUACUGAUAUGAUCGUAUCCAAAGGUUUGUUGCAAAUAUUUUGGUUUGCGCACUGUUCAUCCACCUUACAGAAAAUUUGGACACCUUGGCUGAAUAUUGCAGGUUCGCGGUUCCAGUUUGCACUUCAUCCAAGUCAUACGCAUACGCAUCUCAGCGAGUUUUUGAUCCACGCAGCAGACGUUGAAGGUCUGUGUCAGGGAAUAGACGAAGCGCUAGUUCAAACAAUUGAGGACCUCGACAUAGUUCGACGAUUGUCUGGUGGAAAGGUUGAUCUAACGUAUGGAAGCUCUUUGGAUAUAUUUGGCGGGACUUUAGUCAAGUUUGAGGAGUUGGUAGCGCAUCAAUUUGUGAACUAG